ACGGAUAUGGUUCACACAUUGCAUGGCAGACAGACAACAUUAUUGACUGAUCGCGUAGUUUGCAUCGAAUGGUGACAUACAAAAAGGAGGUAGGUAUAUAUAUGAUCACAUCUCACCAAUAGAGAUGAGGCAUAUAUGGAUUACUGAAGCGCCCUGGAAUGGAUCGAGGCGACUACAAUCCAUCCACCUGACAAGUACGGUCACCAAGAUUCACGUGGGACUGAUUGUAUUAAACCUUUUUUUUAUAUUUCAUCUUCAUCUUCAUCCAAUCCCUAUUGAUUGCCUAUCUCCCCUACUACCACCACUCCUUUCUCUCUUUCGUUUUGGUCUUACACAAAGAUACAUGCACUCGUCCAAGGGAGGUGCGCGCCGCAACCACCAAGAAAAUGCUUCAUGAAAACGUCCCAAGACAAAAGACAACCAACAAGUUGUAAUGACAACCCGGCCCGCUUCU